GUUUCUGUUGCCAAGGCGCCGGCCCGGUGGGCCUAAGGAAGCGACAUUGUUGGCGGCGUCCUCUCCCCCCAUUCUGGGGGUCGAGAUGACGGGGCUCAGCUACACGGAGAUGGAGGGCUGUCGUAACCUGCUCAGCCUAUUGGACAACGACGAGAUCAUGGCCCUAUGCGACACUAUCACCAACCGUCUGGUGCAGUCUGAGGACCGUCAAGAUGCCAUUCGUGCAAUAUUAGUCUACAGUCAAAGUGUAGAAGAACUUUUGAGGCGAAGAAAAGUCCACCGAGAAAUCAUAUUUAAGUAUUUGGCAACACAGAGUGUUAUUAUACCUCCAGCUACUGAAAAACACAAUCUUAUUCAGCAUGCAAAAGAUUACUGGAAAAACCAGUUACAACCAAAAUUGAAGGAAACACCAGAGCCAGUUAAGACAGAGGACAUUAGACUCUUUGAACAGCAGGAGAAAGAAGAAAAAAAGGCCGAAAAGGUUGAUUUUCGUCGAUUAGGUGAAGAAUUCUGUCAGUGGUUCUUUGAACUUCUGAAUUCUCAGAAUCCUCUUCUGGGACCACCUCAAGAUGAGUGGGGGCCACAGCACUUCUGGCACGAUGUCAAGCUUAGGUUUUAUUACAACACAUCUGAACAAAAUGUGAUAGACUACCAUGGAGCAGAAAUUGUGAGCCUUCGUCUGCUGUCACUAGUGAAAGAGGAAUAUCUUUUCCUCAGUCCCAACCUAGAUUCCCAUGGACUAAAAUGUGCUGCUUCUCCCCACGGUCUCGUUAUGGUUGGAGUUGCUGGGACUGUCCACCGAGGAAACACUUGUUUGGGCAUUUUUGAACAAAUUUUUGGACUCAUCCGCUGCCCUUUUGUGGAGAAUACUUGGAAAAUCAAAUUUAUCAACCUGAGAAUUAUAGGAGAGAGUUCCCUUGCUCCUGGAAGAUUAAUGAAACCGGCUAUUACAUUUGAACCAAGUGACCUGGAAGCCUUUUAUAAUGUAAACACUUUAUGUGGUCCGGUGAAGUACAACUCCAUGUAAGGCAGGCAUUGGACAGUGGGAUUGGAGACCAAGAUUCAUCUAGUGGAAGUUAGGCACUGCUGAGCAAAAGAGAACUAAUUUUACCUAGCCCUUGAAGCACUGAGUACAAUGUCAGUCUGAAAAAUCUUCUAUAUAGAAAUUCAUCCAAAUACUACAUCAGUAAUGUCUGAGUGAUUUCAUAUUGAGGGGUUGACAUAUUUUAGUUGAAAUGUCUUUCUUGACUACAAGCUAACAUAUUAUGUGAACACUUGCCUCUUUUCUACUUGAGUUGCAGCAAAUAUUCUGAAAAUUUCAUGCAAUUUGUCAAAUAAAUCUCACUUCAGAUGUUGUAAC